AGGCGUCCGUGUGCGUAAGCACGCACCCGGCGUGUUGGGACGAACGUGCGCGCCCUCGGCCCCUGCCUCUCUUUCUCGUCUCCAUCUUCGCCGCGGCGGAAGCAGGACGAGCGUGUCCGAGCCGCCGCUUGUGUCUCCCUGCAGUCGCCACCAUGCAGCUGUUUGUCCGCGCGCAGGCCCUGCACACCCUCCAGGUGACCGGGCAGGAGACCGUCGCCCAAAUCAAGGCACACGUGGCCUCCCUAGAGGGCAUUGCUCCCGAGGAUCAGGUCCUGCUUCUAGGGGGCUCCCCGUUGGAGGAUGAAGCCAUCUUGGGGCAGUGUGGGGUGGAGCCUCUGGCCACUCUGGAAGUGGCUGGCCGAAUGCUAGGAGGUAAAGUCCAUGGCUCUUUGGCCCGAGCUGGAAAAGUGAGGGGUCAGACUCCCAAGGUGGCCAAGCAGGAGAAGAAGAAGAAGAAGACUGGGCGUGCCAAGAGGAGGAUGCAAUACAAUCGACGCUUCGUCAAUGUAGUGCCCACCUUUGGCAAGAAGAAGGGCCCCAAUGCCAACUCCUAAUCCCCUGGUAGUUUCCACAAUAAAGCCCCUACGACUAUA